AUGUAUAGCAAAGCGCCGGGGUUCGUCAACUGGAAACCAUUAACUGCUCUUGCAUAUGCAAUGGAGCAAUCAACGGUGGCAAGCCCAUGGCUGCUGCUUCUCUGCCUCGCCGCUGCCGCCACGGCCGGCGCACACCUAGCUCGUGCCCAGCCGGACAUCAACGGUUUCAUAAGCAUAGACUGCGGCCUGCCGGAGAAUGCCGCUGGCUACGUGGACAACACGACGAAGCUGCGGCUCACCGGGGACGCUGGCUUCAUCGAUGCAGGCACUAACCAUAACAUCUCUGCCGAGUACAUCACCCCGAGGCUGGCUCGGGGCUGGCACACCGUGCGCAGUUUCCCUGUCGGCGAGCGCAACUGCUACACGCUCCGGCCACUUGUGUUGCCGGGGCCCAAGUAUCUCGUCCGCGCCAUGUUCAAGUAUGGCAACUACGAUGGUCUUGACAUGCUUCCCAUCUUUGACCUUCACCUCGGGGUUAACUAUUGGAAGACGGUGAACAUCUCGGAUGCAAGCUCACCGGUGAUGGAGGAAGUCAUCGCCGUUGUCCCAGGCGGCUCCGUGCAGGUGUGCCUGGUGAACACCGGCUCCGGAACGCCGUUCAUUUCCAGCCUGAGCCUAAGGCCCCUCACCAAAGCGCUCUACCCGCAGGCUAACGCGACACAGGGGCUGCGAAACAUAUACAGCAACAGUAUAUAG